CUCAGUUUUGCUAGCUUAGUUAGCUUAACACACAAAUCAUCGAUCGUCCCUUCCCUUCUGCUAGAUAUUCCACACAGUCCUGAACUGAUAAUAAAACUAGCUCAUCAUGGCCUCAGCUGCACCAUCAUUGUUUGUUACUGCAACCCUUCUGGUGUUCAUCUUAGGGUUCCGCAGUACUGCAAAUGCCCAGCUCUCUCCCACCUUCUACUCAAAGACGUGCCCAACUCUUUUAAGCGUAGUUCGCUCUGCCAUGAGUCAAGCUGUUGCUAAAGAACCUCGCAUGGGUGCCUCCAUUCUUCGCUUGUUCUUCCACGACUGCUUUGUCAAUGGCUGCGACGGUUCAAUUCUGCUGGAUGACACUGCUUCCUUUACAGGCGAGAAAAAUGCAUUCCCAAACCAGAACUCUGCGAGGGGUUACGAAGUCAUUGAUACCAUUAAAACUCGAGUGGAAGCAGCUUGUAAUGCUACAGUUUCUUGUGCGGAUAUUUUAGCUCUUGCCGCACGAGAUGGAGUUGUAUUGCUUGGAGGAACCUCAUGGACUGUGCCACUAGGUCGCAGAGAUGCAAGAACGGCAAGCCAAAGCGACGCCAACAGCAACCUCCCAUCGCCGUUCGCAGACCUUGCAGCUCUCAUCUCAAGCUUCACUGCCAAAGGAUUAACCGACCAGGACAUGACCGUGCUCUCUGGGGCUCAUACAAUAGGCCAAGCACAGUGCUCUUCCUUCAGGACUCGCAUCUACAACGAGGCCAACAUUGACUCAAGCUUUGCCACCACCCGCAAGGCUACUUGCCCAGCUAGUUCGAAUUCUGGUAGCGCUAACUUGGCUCCAUUCGACAUUACAACGAAUACCUUUGAUAAUGACUACUACAAGCAGCUUGUGGGACGUCGAGGGCUUCUUCAUUCCGAUCAGCAGUUGUUUAAUAAUGGAUCUCAGGAUGCGUUGGUUAGAACUUAUAGUACUAAUGCUGCUACAUUUAAUAGGGAUUUUGCUGCGGCCAUGGUGAAGAUGAGCCGGAUUAGUCCUCUUCUUGGGACCAACGGAGAGAUCAGGAAGAAUUGCAGACUAGUCAAUUAAUUGAAAAUGUACAAUAACUACUUCAGUAAUUUCUCUAGCUACUUCGCUUCCAGGACUUAUGGAGUAAAAGAUUGUAACAAAAAACAAUUUUCAAGAACUUUUGAUUUUAUA